AUGGUGGUAGUGGUUAGCGCCAAGGGUGUGGAUGGUGGUGGCAGAUGGGUGGCAGAUGGGCGGAUGUGGAUGGGUAGUCGCGAGUGGGUGGUGGUGGCAGGUGGGUGUUCAAUCUUUAACAAUUGUAUUCAAAAACCCGUGGCACCUCCUCCGUUUAGGAUAGCGGAGAUUCGAGCUGCCAUUCCUAGCCACUGUUGGGUCAAGAACCCAUGGCGAUCUAUUAGUUAUGUGAUUAGGGAUGUUAUUGUGGUUUUUGGAUUAGCUGCAUUGGCAAAUUUCUUUGAAAGUUGGGUUGUUUGGCCUUUUUACUGGGCUGCCCAGGGGACAAUGUUUUGGGCACUGUUUGUUCUUGGUCAUGAUUGUGGCCACGGAAGCUUUUCCGACAACCCUUUGUUGAACAGUGUUGUUGGACAUCUCCUGCAUUCGUCAAUUCUUGUGCCUUAUCAUGGAUGGAGAAUUAGCCACAGAACUCACCAUCAGAAUCAUGGACAUGUUGAAAAUGAUGAAUCAUGGGUACCGUUUGGAAGAAGGCCAUGGGAGAGGGAGAGAGAGAGAGAGAUGAAGGUCAAGAUCAUCAGACCCCUUUGGUUGAUUCUUCCAUCGACAGAACUGAAAGAACAGGUGUCCAAUGUGAUGAAGAAGUCUUUAUGUGCGUUUGGAAUGAAGGAGGCAGGGAGUGAAGUCGAUUUUAGUCAGCCACUAGAAGCUAUCUCACAGUGCCCGCAGCAGAAACCAGGCACAUAAGUGCUAGGUGUUUUAGGCUUGAUUGUGGAGUGAUUGUCUUUGCGAUAAUGCGGCAGUAUGUGCACCAGUGUGACGUGGCUCGAUCUUUGCAAGGCACUAACUGUAGCGUCUUAUGUGCAAACAUGGUUAAGGGUUUUGUUAAUGAUCCAGUGUGUGGAAUUAAGGACUGUAAUUGAAGUUUUUGUGUUAUGGCGUCAUGUUGGUUACAAAAAAAGAUGAACACUAUGCCGUAGUUUUUUUUGUUUUGGAUUCAAAGGUUGUUUUUUUUUCGUUUAGGUUUUUGGGUUGUUAUUGUUACAUCUAGUUAUAUGUGACAAUACAUGUCAUACUAUUUUUUGGGUAUUAUGAACGCACCUUUUUUUCGGAAUUGUGUAGUUGUGGGUAUGUAACAGUUACAGCUCCAUGAAAAUGGUAUAAGCAAUGUUGGAUGGAAAAAUGUUGUUUGAGUUUGUUGC